UUGACGCUGUUCUGCUGCUGGUCUGAGCGCCGCAGAUCGCUUCGGGUCGCAGUCGUGUUAUGAUUUCUCUAUAGCGGGGAGACAGUUCGUGUCGCUACUGGCAGUGUGCAUGAAUAAUGGGGCGAUGUGGACACGUCGUUCCCUUAUCGGAUGUGACGUAUACAGGUGCCGGCACCUUUCCUGAAGGAAUAAUCGGGAGAUGGAAAAGAUGACCACUCUCCACUUCUCACCGGCCUCAGAGAGAGACUGAAAGGAGAGAGAGAGAGAAAGGGAUCCUCUGGCGAGAGGGUCGGGGGACAAAGAGAGGCCACCUGAAGCUAUCGGCCACUUUCCAGCAGCAGAGGAGAAAUGGCUUUCUUGGAUAACCCGGCCAUUAUCCUGGCCCACAUCAGACAGUCCCACGUGACCAGCGAUGACACGGGAAUGUGCGAGAUGGUACUGAUCGACCAGGAUGUGGAUCUGGAGAAGUGCCAGCUGGCUCUGGUACCCGGCGGCAGCAGCUGCGGGUCGGCGGGGUCGGGCUCCCUGUUCGAGGGGGGGGGCAGCGCGCCGGACGGCCACGGCUGCGACCUCUCCCAGUCCAUGGACAUCACCUCCAGCUGGGACUUCGGCAUCCGCCGGCGCUCCAACACAGCCCAAAGACUCGAACGGUUAAGAAAAGAACGUCAGAACCAAAUCAAAUGUAAAAACGUUCAAUGGAAAGAGAGGUCGAUGAUCAACUCCCAGUCGGUGGAAGACCUGGGCUCCCUGUUUGAGAAGCGGGACUUUAAGGACCGGCCGCGGACCACCACAGGUACCAAGUCCACCCUCUCCCUGCGGCUGGAGCAGUGUCCCCAGCAGCUCAACAACCCCUUCAACGAAUACUCCAAGUUCGAUGGCAAGGGCCACAUCGGCACAACGGCCACGAAGAAGAUCGACGUCUACCUCUCGAUGCAGCUCGCUCAGGAGAAGGUCCACCCGAUGACGGUGGUGACCAUCGCCAACGCCCGCGUCCACGACCUCAUCGGCCUCAUCUGCUGGCAGUACACGUGCGAGAGCAGCGAGCCCAAACUCAACGAGAACGUGAACGCCUACUGCCUCCACAUCGCCGAGGACGACGGCGAGGUGGACACCGACUUCCCGCCGCUGGACUCCAACGAGCCCAUCCACAAGUUUGGGUUCAACACGCUGGCGCUGGUGGAGAAGUACUCCUCGCCCGGCCUCGCCUCCAGACAGUCGCUGUUUGUACGAAUAAAUGCUGCUCAUGGUUUCUCUCUGAUCCCCGUGGACAGUCUGAAGGUCACCAUGAAGGAGAUCCUCCAGAAAGCACUGAAGAAGAGGAAAGGCUCACAGAAAGGCUCGGGGCCGAUGUAUCGCCUGGAGAAGCAGACGGAGCCGAACGUCUCCGUGGACCUGGACUCCACGCUGGAGAGCCAGAGCACCCUGGAGUUCUGCCUGGUCCGGGAGAACAGCUCCAGGGGCGAGGAGAGCUCCGAGGAGGACCCGCCCAUCGACGUCACCACGGUGCAGGACAUGCUGAGCAGCCACCACUACAAGUCCUUCAAGAUCAGCAUGAUCCACAAGCUGCGCUUCACCACCGACGUGCAGCUAGGCGUCUCGGGAGAGAAGGUGGAGAUCGAUCCGGUCACCAAUCAGAAGGCCAGCACCAAGUUCUGGAUUCGCCAGAAACCCAUCUCCAUCGACUCGGACCACCUCUGUGCCUGCGACCUCGUGGAGGAGAGGAGCCCCAGCCACGCGAUAUUUAAGGUCACUUAUCUCAGCAACCACGACUACAAGCCGCUGUACUUCGAGUCGGACGCCGCCACGGUCAACGAGAUCGUGCUCAAGGUGAACUACAUCCUGGAGUCCCGGGCCAGCACCUCGCGGGCCGACUACUUCGCCCAGAAGCAGCGGAAGCUGAGCCGGAGGACGAGCUUCAGUUUCCAGAAGGAGAAGAAGAGCGGCCAGUAGACGCCGACCGGCCAAUCAGGACGUCGUGACGGGACCCGACCGCCUCGCACACGGACAGGAAGUCGGGGGAGACGGACAGGAAACGGCCGUUCAGCCACCGCCUCCUGGUACGAGUCCGUCCUCCACGAUGGAUUCGUACAACAAAACAAGAGCUACACGCAAAAUCUUCGCUUCUGUGUUUUUUUUCCAUCUUUUUAACUGAUUUAAAUCGACACGGAAAGAAAAACAUUGUACAAUUCUUUUUUGAUUUUUUUUUUAAUGUACUGUAAAUAGAAAAUUAGCAUUCAAGAAAUGAAAAAUGAUGUAAUAGAAAUAAAAAAUAGCCCAGUGGGGAUUAUUUUAAAAAACAGGUCGACGCCCUUUCUGCCUUGAAGAUAUCAAAUAAUGUUAAAGUGCUGUGAGUGACGCGUUGCCUCUUGACAGCUCUCAACAUGGCGUCCGUUGGGGGCGGAGUCAUCGGCUAACUUCUAAAAGGUGGGCGUGGCCAGCCUGGCUCCAAUAAGAACACACAGAGAGAGAGACGUCUUUCUGCUCAGGUAGACUUCACUCCUCGAGGCCUUUUACAUCUUUCAUAACUGAUAAUAAUAAUAAACAAUAAUACUUC